CUCUCCGCAAUGGCUGUGUGGGCCUGGUUUUCAGACCUCGGCCCUGUCCUUUGUCAGCCCGCACGCCGGUCCCUCCUCUUCGGCCUCCUGGCCAGCACUGCUGCGACCCUAGAGCGCUGGGCUUGGCUCCUCUGGGUUGCCGGUGUGGUCGGCAGGGAAUUAGUUUUCCUGUGUGCACCAGGGGUUCGAGGGUGGGAUGAGCUGUAUUUCCACUUCCCAGUUCUCUCGUCCUGAGCCUUCGUGACUUACUGGGCUGGGUGAGAACUUGUGAGGGCCCUUAAGGAAGUUUGCCCACGUCAGUGCUCCCCACAGGACUUGGCCAUGAAUUCCUCUGGAGGAAGGAGACAGGAAGCGGCAAAGCCCAUGGGUAAAAGGGCUCGCAGACCACGGGAACAGGACCGAGAUGUGCAGCUGUCUAAGGCGCUGUCCUAUGCCCUGCGCCACGGGGCCUUGAAGCUGGGGCUUCCCAUGGGGGCUGAUGGCUUUGUGCCCCUACAUGCCCUCCUGCAACUGCCCCAGUUCCGCAGCUUCUCAGUAGAAGACGUACGCCGUGUAGUGGAUACCAAUGGAAAGCAGCGUUUCACCCUGCAGCCAGGAGAGCCCAACACUGGUCCCCUCAUCCGGGCCAAUCAGGGCCACUCCCUGCAGGUGCCUGAGUUGGAGCUGAUUCCCCUAAAGAUGCCACAAGCCCUGCCCCUGAUGCUCGUUCAUGGUACAUUCUGGAAGCACUGGCCAUCCAUCCUGCUAAAGGGCUUAUCGUGUCAAGGAAGGAUGCACAUCCACUUGGCUCCAGGACUGCCUGGGGACCCUGGUGUCAUCAGUGGCAUGCGCCUCAAUUGUGAAGUAGCCGUGUUCAUUGAUGGACCCCUAGCCCUGGCAGAUGGAAUCCCUUUCUUCCGUUCUGCCAAUGGAGUGAUCCUGACUCCAGGGAAUGCUGAUGGCUUCCUGCUUCCCAAGUACUUCAAGGAGGCCCUGCAGCUACGCCCUACCCGAAAGCCUCUCUCCUUGGCCGGUGAUAAAGAGACAGAGUGUCAGAGUGGCCCCAAGCUCAGCUCCAGAGGAAGAAUGAUCCAACAAUAAAAUAUUUAUUUAUUUUAAAAAUCA